UAUCUUCACAGUACACCGUACUCUAUUCCACAGGACAUCACUUUUACACCAUCUAUUAGAAAGAAAGAAAUUCGGCCAUAAUAUGGGUUGUGACGGAGGCUCCAUUCCUAAGCGAGAUGAACUUGUCAAGCAGAAGCAGAAACAAACCAAAGUCGACCAGAGCAUCCUUAACAGAGUACAAUGGUUCUCCUGUGCACUCUCUAAGAAGCCUCUGAGCACACCCAUUGUAUCAUGUGGACUCGGAAAACUCUACAAUAGAGAUGCCAUUUUAGAAUUCCUUCUUGACAGAACUGCUUAUGGUGAUGGAGAUCGGAUUUGUAAGCACAUCAAAUCACUCAAGGAUGUUGUAACCUUACAACUGGAGCCCAACCCUUCUUUCUCCCCCGACCACUCGCCCAGUCUCACAAAUCAUGAUCAGGAGCCAGUCGCUCGCUUUAUUUGCCCAAUUACUAUGAAGGAGAUGAAUGGAAAGCAUAGAUUUGUAUAUCUGGAUACAUGUGGUUGCGUCAUGUCAGAACAAGCUUUAAAGGAGGUCCCCUCUACGACCUGUAUUAAGUGCGCGAAGCCAUUUGAAUCACUGAAUGUGAUUGUUCUUAAUCCUAAACCAGAGGAGCAGGAAGCUAUGGAAGAAGCUCUAUUGGAGAAACAACUUAAAGCACUAGCAGAAAAGAAGGAAAAGAAGAAGAAUAAGGCUAGUAAGAAGGAACAGACCGAAAAGACGGGCAAAACAGACUCAACGUUGCAUGAGACUUCUUCUAACAAACGCAAGCUAGACGAGGCAGCAACGGACAGCUCCAGGCACAAAAAACAAUAUACGGCAGCUUCAGAAUUAGCAAGAGCACCAGUGGCACCUUCUCCCACUCAUUCAUUGACUGCAGCUGUUGCGGCUAAAGUAGCAGAGCAAAUGGCUGCCAAUGCCAUGAGACAAAAGUCCUCAGCUAUUCAGUCUCUUUACAAUAGUAAUGUAAGGAGUCAGAAGGAGAACUUUAUGAAUCGUUGAGACUUUUAUCCUCAAUAUUAGUGUAUUAUACGUAUUAUCUUUGUACCCUAUAUUUUUUUUCUCAAAAGUAAAAAAGUAAAAAUAAAAAUAAAGAAAAAAAAAGGUGGC